CUUUGGAGCCCCAUAAAUCCCGAAGAAGCCUCGAAGCCUACUCGGCUUCUGGCGUGUGCACAUCACCACAUUAUAUCAUCAAGCAGAAAAGACCUGAAGACGGCAACACAAGAACAGUGUCGAGGCCCACUAACAACCCACUUGGUCUACUGAUUGUGGCACUACCGCCCAUUGUCAUCGCCAUUCUCCGGGCCGAGAAGUGCCUGUGCUGUUCGCCAAUCGAAUCUCUUGCGGGUACCAUUACAUUUGCUCAAAGUCAGAGUCAUUUUCCUCACUCGUCUGGUCACUGAACAAAAUCAAGGGGGAAGCCAUCAGUUGAGGACUUGCUUCAUCCUCGCUUUGUUUCCAUUGCAUUCAAGAGCCCAAUUUUACGUCAACAAAAGCAAUACCGGCGAUGAGUGCAACCAUCCUGGUCUCCGGCAGGCUCUAGAGGCGAUCUAGCAGCGGCAGUCUCUCACACUAGGCGAUCAAAGACUGCUUGAUUCGGUGAGUGGCAGCCAAGCCAUCCCGCAACUGCGGAGUUGGCACGCCUGGUCAUUCCUCUUUCCCUACAUUCCAGCAACCUGCUUGUUCUGUGUGAUGAGCAGAUCAGUGCCCUUCGCAACUCCGUCUUUACCGCAAAGUGUCAAUUCUUAACAGAUGUCAAUUGCAGCCAAACAAACGUCUCCCCCGAGUCCUCCGCGUAGCAGAUCCCACUGCUAAGCUCUCCUCCUCCGCCUUCAACACCAUCAGCCAUUCAACCUGCGAAGCUGGCUAUCUCACGAGAACACGCAAAACGAUUCUUCAGAUUGUCUCUCCCGCCAGUAAACCCUCACCCUUUCACCCUACAGCCGGCUCUACCUGAAGGAGGCGAACGAAGAAACUCGGUGCAGUCGGGGGAGAUGGUGUUUGCCGACGCUGGCAGGCGUUCCCCGGAACGCCGGGGAAGAAGUUCAAGCAUCAUAAGUGGUCCCGUCAGUGGUAUGGUGCAUCGCCCGCGGUUAGAGAGUGAGUUUCGGAAUGCUUCCACACAAAGAGCGAAAGCCGAUGCUGCCAUAAGUAUCACCAAUUUGUCCGACGAGAAGCCAGUUGCAAGCGGAAACGGCGUUUCUGUUGCAAUUGCUCUGGCGGAACCGGUUUUGUUCCUGCAGGGCUAUGAUGCCAAUGAUCCAUCCACCCACAGCACGACAAUGCUGCGUGGCAGUCUCGUGCUGAGAGUGACGAAACAAGCAAAGCUGAAGUCGAUAUCCCUCAAUUUCCGUGGCAAAUCGGAAACAGAAUGGCCAGAGGGUAUCCCUCCGAAGCGAGUCGAGUUCAGAGACUCGACCACGAUCAUGAACCACACUUGGUCAUUCUUCAAUGCACAAAUUCCCUCGGCUGAACACAGCUAUGGUGCAGACAUUGUGCAGAUCAACAAAGGUCCCUCGGUCGAAUCAAAGGAACUCGGGGUCACUUCUUCUUUCGACCUCUUCCAGCGCAGCGCAUCCCCUGCGAAAGCCCCACCUUCGUCUCGUGAGAUGAAGAGACUAUCUCUACAAGCAAAUCAUUCGCGAAGUUUUGGCAAAGGUGACACCAUCAAUGGUGGUCCCACCGUGGCCCAGAAAGGCUUCAAGGUGUUUCAUCCGGGGGACUACAUCUACAACUUCGAACUGCCUCUAGACUCGCGCUUACCCGAGUCCAUCAACGUCGACCUGGGCCAUGUCAAGUACGAAUUGGAGGCUCUCGUUGAGCGAUCUGGGGCCUUCCGCGCGAACCUGGUGGGCACCAAAGAGUUGACGUUAAUAAGAGCACCCGCAGAAGGGUCUCUCGAACAAGUGGAGCCCAUCGCCAUAUCCCGAAACUGGGAAGACCAGCUGCACUAUGAUAUUGUCAUUUCCGGGAAAUCGUUUCCUCUCGGCUCCACUGUGCCAAUUGCUUUCAAGCUGACACCGUUGGCCAAGGUACAAUGCCAUCGGAUCAAAGUCUUUGUGACAGAGAACAUCCAGUAUUUUACGAACAACAAGAAAGUGCACAGGCUGGAGCCGACAAGGAAAGUACAGCUCUUCGAGAAGCGCGCCGACGGCCACAGCGUGUCUUCAUAUCCCGGAAGUUCUAUGCGCAUCCUAGCUGGAGGGGGCGUACCAUACGACUACCGUGCUGCUGCAGCCCGUGGUGAAGAAGAUAUACCGAGAGAUCAGACGAAUCUUCUGGGAAAUCUUGACAACGACGCUGGAAGCAUAGGUCCUACCGAGAUGGAAUUCAACGUUCAAUUACCAAGCUGUCAUCAGAUGAAAGACAAGCUUAGGAGCGAGCGGUUGCAUUUCGACACCACCUACUCCAACAUUCAGGUCAAUCAUUGGAUCAAGAUUGUGAUGCGUCUGUCUAGACCAGACGAAAAUGACUCUGCUAAGCGACGCCAUUUCGAAAUCUCCAUUGAUUCGCCUUUCAACAUUCUCUCAUGUCGUGCCACGCAGGCAAACAUUUCGCUUCCGGCUUAUGAGGCGGGUGGAUCUGCACCUAUUCCAGCCGACGAGUACGACUGUGGAUGUCCAGGGGCUGCACUGCGGCGGCGAAAUACACCUCCUGUGUCUCAAACGCGGGUACCGACGCUGAACACUCAAGGAGGUGGCGAUCCCGCCCCUGGUGUGCAACGAAGUUGGACCAACGAUUCUGGUGGUCUUGCCAUGCCCUCCCAAGCACAUGUGGCCAACGACCCGAACUCUGGACAGCCGAGGCCGAUGCAUUUACUUCGAGCACCAUCUUUCAAUCCACCUGCUUUUGACGAAGACGACCCACCGCCACCGUUAGUCACGCCACCUCCCCAGUACGAUAAUAUCGUGUCUGGGGAUAGCAACACUGCGCUGGCUGACUACUUCGCCCGUCUCGCCGACGAAACGUCUGAUGAGGACGACCGGUUAGAUCGAUCGCGAGUAGACUAUCCACUGACACCAGGCGGGCGCCUCAACAGGAGUAUGGAUAUUCCCCGGACCUGGCCCCCACUUGGUGCAGGCUCGAACAAUGCGCCGUCGGGACUGGCUUCCUCGACCUCGCUUGCACAUUAACGGGUGAUUGGCAUUUUAUAAUUCUCAGCUUCACCAGCACAUGAUAUAGGUACGACUGAUGACACUAAUGGGACUUUGUGACAAAGCGAAGGCGAUGCAUAUGCUCAAUGAGGGCUAAGGCCAUAUGAAAAGGGAUACGGGGGAUUAUGCACAUUGCAAGAUUUGGGGCGUUUGAGCUGAGAACACCCCAGAGAAUAGGUGUUCAGGUUGGCUAAGGCAACUGCAAAGUUAUGAUUGACAUCGAGCUAUAGCAUGCGAAAUGUUGACUUGUGAUUGGUAUCUUCAAAUUUCUUGCAGUCUCCUUUUGUUCUGUAUGACGAGCAAUAACACUGUGGUCGGUUUGUUUUAAGGCGCCUAGAUGAUCCACUAGUCUGAUGGGAUGCUCCCGGUGCGAUUUUUUCGUGAAGCUACCUAGGUAGCUUCACCUGCUGGCUAG